CCACCCCCGGACAACAAACCCCUUAUCCCCCCGGCAACAAAGCUCAGUUUGACCCCGGACACAUCAUGGAGCUGAUACCCAACCCGGGUUUCCAUGGUGACCCGGGUUUCUGCACUGACUCGGACACCAAGGUAGGAGGAGACCGAGGAGGAGAGGAGGAGGAGGAGGAGGAGGAGGUCGACUUCGCAGAGGAGGUCGGAGAAGAUGCCUUGCUCAUGGGCGGCGAUGAAGAGGGAGGGUCGGAUGAGGAGGGCGCCUGGGACUCGUCGGGGGAGACCGCGGUACCUCCUCCCUAUGAUGGAGAGCCGGAGGAGGACGAUGAGGCGGAGUGGGGAGGUGCACCGGUGGCGGUGGAGCAAGGGGAGGAAGGGUGGAUAGUAGGGGUGGAAGUCCCUGAGGAAGCGGGGGAGGAGUGGGAGGGGGGAGAGCAAGUGCGAGAGGUGGGGUCCCUCGAUGAACAGACACAGGUUCAGGGAGAGAGAGAGAGUGAAAGAGAGAGUGAAAGUGAGAGAGAGGGGAGAGUCGGAGAGAGAGUUUGGCCAGACUUUUCAGAGCCUCAACUCGAUCCACAUCCACCAAUCGACGAAGACCUUAAGGAGGAAGAAGACUGUGGAGAAGACGAAAGCAAUACAACAGAACUGAGCCGACUACAGAUUGGCUCGGUCGCCGAUGAGGUCCCAUCUGAGUCUGAGAAGCUCAGAGUCCUCCCCGACAUUGACCAAACCACCAACACCGACAGAGACGCCAUUUGCGUCGCAAACUCCGGGCACUCGCACCAUGCUGGGGUCGAACCCAUCCAACCCACAGAGGAUGCCAGGCGAAAUAUCCGGGUCACCGUAAUGACCUGCGCGGUCGUCGACGUCCACGCUGAAUCGAGUACGGAUCCCCCGUCAGUUCUCGAUGAGGAACCGGACAUCGGCGGGAGAGCCGCGCUGAUGGAUCAGCGGACAGGACAAGGAGAGUUCGGGAACGACGUCUCAGAGUUGCAACCGCCGAUCGAAGGGGGAGAGAGUCAGCCAAAGGUGGGAGUGGGAGUGAGUGAGUCGAUGGAGGAAGUGAGAGAGUGUCCACCGAUGGUGGGAGUGAGGGAGUGUCUUCCCACGAUAGGAGGAGUGGGGGAGUGUCAUCCGACAAUGAGAGGGGGAGAGAGUGGAGCAUGGGUAGAGGAGCAACAACCGAGGACAGAGGUGGGGUCCAGGGAGAAGGAGGGGGAGGAGGAGGAGGAGGAGGAGGAGGAGAAGGAGCACCUGACAAGGACAGAGGGAGAGAUGGGGCAGAGGAACGGAGCAAAGAAGGAGGAGAAGAAGGAGGAGGAGGAGGAUCGACAAGUGGAGGUUAAUACCCUCAGCGACACAGAGGGAGAGGUAAAUUGGACCAGACAGCGGGCGGAUAAUGAGGUUAAGGAGGCGAUGGCAGGUGGGAGAGAGGAAGAGGAACAGUCCGGGACAGAAGGUUCAGGGAUUGGCAAUCGGGAAGCUCGGACCUUGAACCAAGACACUUCCAUGCCGGGUUUGCCUGAUGUUCAGUUGCCUCGGACGUCCACAGGGGCAGGGAGGGAAGGCCUGACUGGAGAUGGUCGCGGGGAGGGGCGAAGCAUCGUGGAGGAGGCGGUCGUGAUGGAGAGAGUACCAGGUGAUGUACAGCAGGCGGUGAAACCAGAAGAUGUUCCAAGCACCAAUCCCCUGCCUGCAGAAGGAGACGAAGGUACACAACCGCUGGGUGGGAGGGUGAAGGAGGUGGAGAGUAAGAAGGACAACAGGGUCCAGGCAGAGGGGGAGAUGGAGGGAGUGGCAGGGGAUGAGAGGCAGGCGGUGGAUCCAGAAGUUGAGGUUCCCUGCUCCAUGCCCCGGCCUGCAGAAGGAGACGGAGGCAGAGAGGCAUCCAUCGAUGUGGGGAGUGAGGAGGGGAACAACAGACUGGGGGUCCGGUAUGCAGAGGGGGAGAUGGACGGAGGAGAGCUGGAGAAGGAGACAGAGCCGGUGACGGUCCUUGACGACGAGAUCGAGACCACAGAGGAGGCGGGAAGCCCUCCAGAGCUCGAUCAGUCGAAGCCGGAAGAGAUCACAGCCUCGGCUGAGGAGAUGGUUGCUGGGAGCGACCAUCACACCGCCUCAAUUGAGGUGACGGUUGCCGGGGGCGACCAUCAUACCUCCUCGGCUGAGGAGACGGUUGCCGGGGGCGACCAUCACACCGCCUCGGCUGCGGAGACAGUUGCCGGGGGCGACCAUCACACCGCCUCGGCUGAUCCGACGGUUGCCGGGGACGACCAUCACACCGCCUCGGCUGAGCCGACGGUUGCCGGGGGCGACCAUCACACCGCCUCGGCUGAGCCGACGGUUGCCAGGGGCGACCAUCACACCGCCUCAUCUGCGGAGACGGUUGCCGGGAGCGACCAUCACACCGCCUCGGCUGAGGAGACAACGGUUGCCGGGGGCAACCAUCAGACCUCAGCUGAAGAGACGGUUGACGACGAGAUCAAGACCACAGAGGAGGGGGGAAGCCCUCCAGAGCUCGAUCAGUCGAAGCCGGAAGAGAUCACAGCCUCGGCUGAGGAAACGGUUGCUGGGGGCAACCAUCACACCGCCUCAACUGAGGUGACGGUUGCCGGGGGCGACCAUCAUACCGCCUCGGCUGCAGAGACAGUUGCCGGGGGCGACCAUCAUACCGCCUCGACUGAGGAGACAACGGUUGCCGGGGGCGACCAUCACACCGCCUCGGCUGAGGAGACAACGAUUACCAGGGGCAACCAUCAGACUGCCUCAGCAGAAGAGACGGUUGACGACGAGAUCGAGACCACAGAGGAGGAGGGAAGCCCUCCAGAGCUCGAUCAGUUGAAGCCGGAAGAGAUCACAGCCUCGGCUGAGGAGACGGUUGCUGGGGGCGACCAUCACACCGACUCAACUGAGGUGAUGAUUGCCGGGGGCGACCAUCACACCGCCUCGGCUGCGGAGACGGUUGCCGGGGGCGACCAUCACACCGCCUCGGCUGAGCCGACGGUUGCCGGGGGCGACCAUUACACCGCCUCGGCUGAGCCGACGGUAGCCGGGGGUGACCAUCACACCGCCUCAGCUGAGGCGACGGUUACCGGGGGCGACCAUCACACCGCCUCGGCUGCGGAGACGGUUGCCGGGGGCGAUCAUCACACCGGCUCGGCUGGGGAGACAGCGGUUGCCGUGGGCGACCAUCACACCGCCUCAGCUGAGGAGACAAUGAUUACCUGUGGCAACCAUCAGACCGCCUCAGCUGAAGAGACGGUUGCCAGGGGCAAUCGCAUUGCAUCAGUUGAGACAACAGUUGCCGAGGGCGACCCUCACCCAGCCGACAACGCCGUCAAAGAUGGAGUGAAAGACGAGGAAAGAGAGGAGGAGGAGAAACAGCAGGAGGCGAUCAGAGCAGAGGAUGAGGAGCUGGAGAGGAGAGACAAGGAGCUCAAGGAUAUCAUGGAGAACGGGAUCCGGAGUUUGGACAGACUAAAGACCCUCGCCCCGAUCAGAAGGGAGUCAGGGAGCCGCCGGGGGUCCGGCAAGGUGCUGGCCCCCCUGAGGAACGACACCGACUGGAUCAAGCAAGACCAGCGCUCCCAAGAGGAGAACGACGAGGAGCCGAAGGAGGAGAGGGGGGAGGUGAGGGGCCUCGAGAGGGAGAGGGAAACUCCAGAGCCCGGAGACCGAGCGAAGGAUGGCGGCACCCCCAAGGACCCGGCGAGAAGCCCCGGAGCGCAGGAGGUAAGGUAUCUAGACACUCUCUUUCCACCUCCCCGCUCUCUCUUUCUCUCUCUCUCUCUCUCUCUCUCUCUCUCUCUCUCUCUCUCUCUCUCUCUCUCUCUCUCUCUCUCUCUCCCCCUCUCUCUCCCACUCCCUAUAUCUCUACUCCUCUCUUUUCCACUCCCCCUAUCUCUCUCCUCAUCCCCCCUCUCUCCCUCUCGCUCUCACACUUGCUCUCUCUCCCUCUCCCUCUCCCUCUCCGUCUCCCCAAUCUCCUCCAAACAUCAGAUGACUUUCCCAAGCUCAUCUAUGUUUCUGUAUCUAUCCUUCAUUCAAAUAAACCUUCAAAUAUGAUCAACUGGACUGUGUGCAAAAGCUGCAAAACAACGUAUAGAGCAGCGCUAGUUGCAGAUUGUACACCAUU